AUGGAUAGCAACAACGAAAUUCAACUAGAACUUGUAGGCGACGCACCACUUCCAGUACCCAAUGAAAGCAAAGGCAAAAGCUACUCAGUCAUGGAUAAAAAGCAGAACCAAAACAUGAAACGUUUAAUUAUUGCGCUUCUUUUCAUUCUUGCCGUGGUGAUUACGUUAGCGAUAGUGGUACCUGUCGUCAUUUACGUUCGCUCACGUGACCAGUCUUCUUCUUCAGAGAAUACCAGUGAUCGCGAAACACUUUUACUGAUACAGGCCAAUAUUACAGAUGCUCCACCUUUGCUGACAGAAGCUCCAGUGACAAACGAUCUGUCAAAGAAUCCAACAAGAAAGGUGACAACUGUGAAGGCUGAAAGCGCGCAAGCGACAAAGGACUCAAUGACAAAGACUUCAACAGCAAAAGGAAUAACGACAAGCGCGCCAGCGACAGAGAACUCAAUGACAAAGACUUCAACAGCAAAAGGUAUAACGACAAGCGCGCCAGCGACAAAGAACUCAAUGACAAAGACUUCAACAGCAAAAGAUCUAACGACAAGCGCGCCAGCGACAAAGGACUCAAUGACAAAGACUUCAACAGCAAAAGGUCUAACGACAAGCGCGCCAGCGACAAAGAACUCAAUGACAAAGUCUUCAACAGCAAAAGGUCUAACGACAAGCGCGCCAGCGACAAAGAACUCAAUGACAAAGACUUCAACAGCAAAAGAUCUAACGACAAGCGCGCCAGCGACAAAGGACUCAAUGACAAAGACUUCAACAGCAAAAGGUAUAACGACAAGCGCGCCAGCGACAAAGAACUCAAUGACAAAGUCUUCAACAGCAAAAGGUCUAACGACAAGCGCGCCAGCGACAAAGAACUCAAUGACAAAGACUUCAACAGCAAAAGGUCUAACGACAAGCGCGCCAAUGACAGCGAUUCUAACCUCAAAUACUCUAAUGAUGAAAACCACAAACACGGAGACUCCAAUAAUUACGAGAAGGGCUUCAACGACAGACGCCCCGACAGCAAGCGCUUCUAAAACGAAACCUUUGAUGUGCAGUUUUCAAGAUGACAUGCAACGUUUUAAAAACGCGACGAUUUUUAAGGUUCCAACAAAUUCUAAAAUCGACGAUCAGGUACAGAUGUUUCGUUCUCAAGCCGAACAGCCUCUUCAAAAACUACAACAGAGUAGUGUACAGUACUGCGACAAGUUUGAGCCCGCUCGAGUUCCUGUCGUAGGAAUUACUCAGGCAGAUAUAAAAGCAAGUGGGUCAAGUGGUGAUGUCGACAUUACCAUUCCCUUGAGUACCCCGCGUGGUACGGGCGGUCACGAUCCUGAUAUCUCUCUUAAAUACAGCGCACAUGCCGGCAACGGCGUGUUGGGUAAGGGAUGGGGAAUAGCUUUCUUACCAAGCAUCUCACGUUGUCCAAAAACAAUGAAACAGAACGGAUACUCUCAAGGAAUCACGUUAACGGACAAAGAUGCUUUCUGCUCUGGUUCAGAUCAGCUUGUAUUAGUUCGAGGUCAGACGCCUAAUCCCCUAAACUAUCAAGGAGAAAUUUAUAAAACAGCGCGGGACAGCAAAAUUUUGUACAAAGCUUACGGUCCACGGAAUGGUCUAGGGCCGAUCUCCUGGACUGCUUAUCUUCCAAACGGUGUGAAGCGUGCGUUUGGCGGAACGGCAAAUUCUAGAGUCAUGGCAUUAAAUGGAGCAGUAUUUGUUUGGGAGGCGAGCUCAGAAAGUGAUCCAUUUGGCAACAUUAUUAAUAUAGAAUACCAACAAUCUACUGACGGAUCGGCUGACUGGUACCGUACUGCUAUCACUUACGCCGAAGGAAACGCUAAAGUAGAGUUUAACUACAUGUCUAGGCCAGAUGUAACUAAACAUUACUUGAGUGGUGUGCAAAUUCGUACCACUAAACUAUUGUCAUCAAUAAGGACGUACGCCACUAUGCCACAAGAAUCAGAAGAUUUUCCAUUAUGA